AUGCGUUUCUUUAUUGUCCUAUCGGUUAUUUUGUCCGUCGGUUACGCUGCUCCCCAGUACGGUUACGAACAACCCAUUCCCGGUCACAUCGCUAACGUUGACAACGGUUCUAAUGGUGUAAAUCGUCAUGGUAAUGGCGGUGAAAAGUAUUUGCCUCCAGCGACAACGACCCCAGCACCUAUUGUGCAUAAACAGUUCUAUGUAAUAUCUGCACCCGAGGAUAACGGCAAUAAAGGCAAACAGAAACACCUCGUUUUAGGCCGCCCACAACGUAACUAUCGCGUUGUUUUCAUUAAAGCACCAGGUUCAGAUAAUGGCAAUGUUAAAUACUCUGCUGAAUUUGCACCACAAGAGGAAAAAACUGUCAUUUAUGUACUCAGUAAAAAGGAUAAUGAUUUGGAUGCUAAUGAUAUUGCUACUCCACCACCAACACAACCAAGCAAACCAGAAGUGUUCUUCAUUAAAUAUAAAACCGAUGAUGAGGCACAACAAGCACAGAAAGAAAUUCAAGGCCAAUAUGACAAAUUGGGUGGCACCAAUGAAUUUUCCGAUGAAGGCACUGCUCCCGUAACAUCUGUAAUUGGUUCCCUAGACAGUCUCAACGGAGAUGGUAGCUACAACUACCGCCCAGUUAAUAGCGGAAGCGCUGAUCUGUCAGAACCAAUUGCACCAAGCAGCCAAUACUUGCCAUCGUUCUUUAAACAUUAA